AGAGAGAUACUUUCAAAUGAUCAUCCGAAUUGCCUUCUUUGUUUAUUUGUAGUUCGCAGAUUCGCAGCAAACGGACAAAAGCAAGCAUUCGGCGAUGGAUAUGCUCAAGACCAGCAACCUUCGCAAGAACUUCAUCCUCACCCUGGCCUGCUGGACCUUGGCUUGCCUCGUGUUCACGGCUGGUCAGCUAUAUGCAGCCAACGCAAGCCAAGAUCCGUUCGUGAUGACUACCGCCGUGAAUCUGGUGGAUGUCGUAUCAACAGUGAUAGCCCUUCCUUUGGCUGAUCGCUGGGGCCGCCGGCCGACGAUAAUGAACGCCUGUAUUGGCGCCGCGUUGGCUUACUUCUGCGCAGUGGCAAUACCUUCAGACGCCGACCUUUGCGCCACUGCGGUGUUCAUGGUGGCCAGACUAGCGCUGACCAUGGCGUACGACGUGGCCUAUCUGCACGCAGCUGAGUUGUAUCCGACCGGGGUCAGGUCACAUGCCAUGGCCAUCAGGCAGGCAUUCGGCUCGGUCGGAAGGUUCCUCAGCUCGCAGGUCACGCAGCUGACGUAUUUUGGGCGGUCCGUACCACUCGUGAUUAUGGGCACGAUGUCCUGCCUGCUGGCUAUGCUGACGUUUCCGCUACCGGAAACCCUGAACCAGGAACUGCCGGAAGAACUCGCGGACGGAGAGAAGCUCGUCCUCGGACAGAACACCUGCUGCUUUUCGGCGUCGGCCAAACCCAUAGUUGCGCCAGCCUCUCCACGUCAUCGAAGUCGAAGGCACUCUGCGUUUUAGGAAUGCUUCAGUGUAAAGCGCUUUAUUGUGAUACUUGUACUGAGACGAUGUACAAACUCGCUGGUCAGCUCGACCGACCAAUUAAAUGUGCCACCAUCUGUAGCAUGUAAUGACACAGAAUCCUGCUGCACACGGACUUUAUGGCAGCGCUAUUCACAUGAACAACUCUGUGUAAAGAAAAAUUAUUUCAAAGCAGUAAAUUUGCUGACCAUCUCUGGGUACAUCAUCGGUUGCACUAACUGGUUUAAGUUUUAC